CUCUUUAUCAUAUUUUUAAGACCUAGUCAAAAUGGCUGCCAAACUGUAGGAGGCAUAUUGAAGACUCAGGGUCUGAAAGACACUCUUGAAGCAACAUGGUGUUGUUAAAAAUGAAGUUCCCCUUCCAAAAGAGGGUGCGUCUUGCCCAGGGUCUCUGGCUGCUUUCAUGGGUGGCCAUGUUCUCUGGAGCCAUCACCUUUACUAUGGGAGCCUUCCUCAAAACUGAGCUACAUCGCAGAUCAGAGGUAAUGCACAGUAUGGACAUCCACAUUGUGCCAAAUCUGCUGAUGGCAGUGGGGUUAGCAUCAGUGGGCAUCAACAUCUUUGCUGGUAAAGUCUGCCAGGACUCACUGGACCCCUCGCGUUUCCCGCGCUGGAAGACGUUUCUUCCUCCGUUCUUCUGCUUCUCUGUCUUCCUCACCUCCCUGCUGCUGGUGGCCAUGAUUCUGAGCUUCGCCCUGCAGCCCAGCCUCGAGGAGUCUCUGAAGAUCGGGCUGAAGAACGGCAUCCGCUUCUACAAGGAUACAGACACACCAGGCCGUUGUUUCCAGAAGGAGACUAUUGAUCGUUUACAGAUUGAGUUCCAGUGCUGUGGUAAUACUGACUACAGAGACUGGUUUGAGGUGCAGUGGAUCAGCAACCGCUACCUGGACUUCACAUCCAAAGAAGUGAAAGAUCGUGUGAGGAGUAACGUAGACGGCCGAUAUCUGUUGGACGGGGUCCCAUUCAGCUGCUGUAACCCUGCCUCCCCCCGGCCCUGCAUCCAGUACAGUCUCCGGGACAACUCUGUCCAUUACAACUACGAGUACCAGACUGAAGAGCUGAACCUGUAUAGCCGAGGUUGCCGCCAGGCCCUUGUCAGCUACUACAUGGGUUUAAUGAACACCAUCGGCCCUUGUGUUCUGUUUGAUUUCCUUCUCCAGAUGGCCAUUCUGGUGAGUCUGCGCUAUCUGCAGACUGCAAUGGAGGGUGUGAUUGGACAGGAGGAUGUGGAGAUCGAGACAGAUGGAUACAUCCUGGAGAAAGGAGUGAAGGAGACAUUGCUGGAGACUAAAGAAAAGGUGAAAAAGCUCCUGCAGUUCGCUCAGGUGGGCGACGCAUCUGCUACGACCACGGACGCACAGCCAGAGGAAGAAAAGCCAGCCACAGCCUAAAAGACCAAGUGUUAUUGUUUAUAAUGUGUGCUCAUGUGCACAUGAGUGCUAACUGUCCUUGAUUAUCAUAAUCCAAAGGGCAUACAUAAUGAUAAUUGAAGUGUAACAUUGUUACUUCAUUAUAUUGUUAAAUGAAGUCACCAACCAAACAUUUUAGGAAAAAACAGUAACCUCUCAAAACGCUGGAAACUGUUAAUGCAAAACCUGACAAUACCAAAAUAUCCCUUUGACAAUUAUAUAUAAAGUGAAGAUGUAUAAAGAAGAGUUAAAGCAGAAAAAUCCAAGGAAAUGAAGGCAAUGAAAGAGUACAUUUCAUCACAUUCGGUCUGUAGAUGUUUUGCUGCUUCAUGCUUUGCUUAAAUAAACAAAAAUCAAGAGUUGAAAUUGCAAAAGAUACAAGCGAAAAAUAAAGAUUUGAGUUUUUAAC